ACACAGUUCUGUCCCAGUCACAACAAAAUGUCUUUCUCCGACUUCUCUAAAACCGACUCUCUUAAGUCCUUGAACGAAUUCUUGGCCGACAAGUCUUACAUUGAAGGUACCUCUGCUACCCAAGCUGAUGUCACCGUCUACAAGUCUUUCCAAAAGGAAUACCCACAAUUGACCAGAUGGUUGAACCACAUCGCUUCUUUCACUGAAGAAUUCGAAACCUUGCCAGCCGGUAAGGUUCCAGCUGCUUCCGCCGCUGUCGAAGAAGAUGACGAUGACGUCGACUUGUUCGGUUCUUCUGAUGAAGAAGUCGAUGAAGCCGCUGAAAAGUUGAAGCAACAAAGAUUGGCUGAAUACGCUGCCAAGAAGGCUGCUAAGGGUCCAAAGCCAGAAGCCAAGUCUAUUGUCACCAUGGAUGUUAAGCCAUGGGAUGAUGAAACUAACUUGGACGAAUUGGUUGCCAACGUCAAGGCCAUCGAAAUGGACGGUUUGACUUGGGGUGCUCACCAAUUCAUUCCAGUUGGUUUCGGUAUCAAGAAGUUGCAAAUUAACUUGGUUGUCGAAGACGCCAAGGUCUCUUUGGACGAAUUGCAACAACUUAUCGAAGAAGACGAAGACCACGUCCAAUCUACCGAUAUCGCUGCUAUGCAAAAGUUGUAAGUACAUUUCUCCGGUAUAAUGUGUACUUCUGCUCUUUAGUCUUAUGUAUAUCACUACAUAGUUGUAAUGUAAAC